AUGAUUAGGAGAUCAUCAAGACAAGAACCACCAGAGCCCAAUUCAUCAGCUAUGGCUGCCGCUUCAGCCCUGGGUCAUGCAUUGAUGGGGAACGGAAGAACCGUUGACAAAAACAAACUCCCUCGUUAUAAUACUCCGUCUCGUUCAUCUUCUAUAUCCAACAUGAGGAGAAGCUCUAUGCUUAAAAUUAACUCUGGCUCGAAUCAAAGUAGUCGGAGCAAUAGUCUUCAAAGGGAGCGAGAGGGACAACACCAUGAAAAAAGCCAAGCAAAAACGAAGUCAGUUUUAUCAAAGAGAAAUUCAAUGAUACUGAGAAGAACUUCUUUGAACAAACCACCAUCGGUCAAUUCCGAAAAAAGAAGUUCCAGUUUGCCAUCAUCUACCACCGGAUUAAUAAGGGGUAAGGGAAGUUUACAGGAAGCUAAGAGAACUUUCGUGGAGUUUGGGGGGAAGCAAUCUGCGGGUACAAUGCAUAACCACUCUGUGGAACAGAAACCAAGAACGAAAAGGAAAUAUAUUCCUAGUAGAAAUGGGUUAAUCGCGGUAGAUGUUCCAGUAUUAGAUGACAAUGACGCAGAUGAACGAAUUAUUAGCAAACCAAAUAGACAAUUAAGAAGAUCUGUUUCUACUAGUUCAUCUUUAAGAAUAAGUUCAUUAAAGAAGAAAGUAUCGCAAGAGAACUUACAUUCAAGUAUAAAUAAUAAUAGACAUUCUUCCUUGAAUAAUGGAAUGUCUGGAUUAGGAUUGAAACUGAAUGGUACUGGACAGGCUAUGACAAACCCUUUGAUUGAAAGUUUUGUACCGGAGGAAACUGAACAGGAAUUGUCAAAGGAUUCUGUACUCAAGAAAGACACCAACUUGUCUGAGGAAUUUGAGAAGGAAAUUGAAAAAUUGGACGAAUUACUUACGGAAAAUUUGGAAUUAGAAGAUAAAAUUGCUGAAGAUGAAGAAAGAAUUGCUACCAAGAAAAUGUUAAACAAUCAAGUGAGGCCGUUCGAAAUUAACGAUAAUGAUGAAGAUGAAGUAACUUAUGAAAAGAAAAAUAUAAUCAAGGAACGUAGAAUACCGACUCCAAAAAGCAAAGAACUACCCACUAAAUCUUCUCAAGUCAAAAGCAGACAGAAAGUUCAAAAUGCUGGUUAUAAAGAACCGAUAUCAGAAAAACAACUCAAUAAUAAGAAAAUUGAAAUAAUAUCACAUACCUUGCAGACAAAAUCUCCCCAAAAUGACCUCAAUGUAGCGAAAGAUCGUUCUGAUUCAGUUUCUCAACCUCAAAGGGAGGUAGUUUCUAAAAGUCCACCACCACGCAAUAAAAAUCAUAGCAUGGCACAAUAUUUACGUGAAUCACGUUCAUACCUUAAGAAGGAAAAGCCAAAUGUAACAGUAUCGUCUCCUGACCACUCAAAAAAUGAUAACAACGAUACAAAAAAAUUUAAAGCUAAUACCCUGGCCAGUUCAACAGCGAGGGGGAGCUCUGCUCCCAAAGCUAAUAACAGGAAAGAUGAAUCAGGGAAAAACCAGACUUUGAAGGGAACGACUCCUUUAAGAAAAGUUCCUUCACCAAUAAAGUCUGCCUUGAAGAAAACACACACAUCAGAAGCAAAACCACAUUCACAUUCAAGACCUUCUGCAGCAAAUGGUGCAUAUCUAUCAAUGACCACUGCAGAAAACACAAGACUAAACGCUCAAUUAACUGGGGACGAGCUAGGCAGAAAACCAAGCAUUAUUAGAACUAUGAGAAGACCACAGUCAAUGAAUCAUAUCCCGAAGGCUACAAAUAAACAGACUACCCCAGUAAGAAAUUCCGUUAUGAACGGUAAUCAAGCUCCCAAAUUAGUUGAUCAAUCGACAUCAGCAGCUGCAUUUGCUUCUACCAAAUCUGCUAAAGGGCAUAUGAGAAGGGAGGAACAGGUGAAGAAACAGGUUAAUAACAAGCUUUCAACCGAGAAAAAUGCAGAUAGCUAUUUAUAUCCAAGGGAACCCCCUCAAAGGAAAUCAAGUUUUGAAAAGUUGAGACCCGCAGACACAAAUUUAGGAUUUAAAAAUUUAUCCCUCAGGGGAGAUUUUGUUGACACCAAUAAUCAAACGAAUGCCAUUAGUCAGGAAAACCAAAUUUCCUUAACCAAUCCAAUUUCCAUAAUGGCAGAAGAUGGAUGGCACUCUAGGUUUCAAGAUUCGGAUUCUGAUAUGGAAGAAAAUGAUCAUUCUCAUCAAGAAUUGAGUAGGGAUGCAUCUCCUAAUCACAAAUCAAAGGGAAAUCGUUUUUCACAAUUAUUCAAAAGUAUAAGUCAUCCUAGAGAUAUUGAUGAAUACGAAGAUGAAUACGAUCUAUAUCCACCAGGAUCCCAUCCCGUAAAUAGAAGACCUAGUGGCCUCAGUGAAGGAACUCCUACGAAAAUACAGAAACCAUUUAAUUCGUCGGGAUUAAGAGAUGGGAAUUCGCCCACAAGGCAAACAAAAGCACCACCAAUUAAUAACCAUAAAUUUCCUACUAGCAUGCCUGGAAGAGAAUCACAUUUUUCUAGUACAGAAUCACAUGAAAGUGAUGAAAAAAAGAAAAACAAUUUAGGUAAGAAGCUGAAGAAAUUAUUUGGUAGAAAGAAAAUAUGA